AUGAUCACUACAGAAAUAGGAAAGGAUUUGAAGGCUCCUGUGGAGACAUCUGUUUCGCCUGUCCAGGAAUCUGCAUCUCAGGAAAGUAGUCCAUACAAGGAUGAGAGUGUUUCAACCUGGCAGCGGUUCAAGGAUUCGUUCAAGGCUGCCGAGGUUGAAUCCGUCGAUAAUAAUUUGACUACAGUUGAGAAGUCAAAUAUUCGUUCUGCAAAAGCUCCACUUCAACGUAAGUUGAAGAGCAGACAUUUGCAGAUGAUUGCUAUUGGUGGUUCCAUCGGUACAGGUUUGUUUGUUGGUUCUGGUAGUGCUCUUGCAUCUGGUGGUCCGGCGGCUCUUUUGAUUGCUUGGAUACUUACUGGUGUGAUGAUGUAUUCUACUGUUCAGGCCCUUGGAGAAUUGGCUGUCACUUUCCCAGUCAGUGGUUCGUUUGUUCAAUAUAACACGCGUUUCAUUUCUCCAAUCUGGGGCUUCUGUAUGGCUUGGAAUUAUGCAUUGCAAUGGUUAGUUGUUCUUCCUUUAGAGUUGGUGGCUUGUUCUUUGACUAUCAAAUACUGGAAUACAAGUGUUAACUCUGCCGCUUGGGUGGCAAUCUUUUACGUCGCCAUUUCUGGAAUUAACAUGUUUGGAAUUAGAGGUUAUGGUGAAGCAGAGUUUGUUUUCUCAUUGUGCAAGGUUCUUGCCAUUAUUGGAUUUAUUAUCCUUGGAAUUGUGUUGAAUUGUGGUGGUGGUCCAAUCAAGGGCUAUAUUGGAGGUAAAUACUGGAGCGACCCAGGUGCAUUUGCAAAUGGAUUCAAAGGUGUUUGUAGUGUGUUUGUUACAGCAGCAUUUUCUUUUGCAGGUACUGAGUUGUGCGGUUUGGCUGCAGCAGAGACUGCUAAUCCAAGGAAAUCCCUUCCAUCAGCAACAAAGCAAGUGUUUUGGAGAAUUACUCUAUUCUAUAUUAUUUCCUUGACUUUGAUCGGUGUGUUGGUUCCAUACAAUGAUCCUCAACUUUUGGAUGGCUCUUCCUCAGUUGAUGCUAAGGCUUCGCCAUUCGUUAUUGCAAUCAAAAAUCAUGGUAUUAAAGGAUUACCAUCUGUUAUGAAUGCCGUCAUUAUGAUUGCUGUUCUUUCUGUUGGUAACUCUUCUGUCUUCGGCUGCUCAAGAUGUCUUGCAUCUCUUGCCGAGAUGGGUAUGGCUCCAAAGAGCUUUGGUUUCAUAGAUAGAAUGGGAAGACCAAUGGUUGGCAUUGGUAUUUCUCUUCUAUUUGGUUUGCUUUGCUUCUUGGCUGCUUCACCUCAGGAAGGUACAGUCUUUACGUGGUUGUUGGCUUUGUCAGGUUUGUCGUCGGUGUUCACUUGGGGUUCCAUUUGUGCCUGCCAUUUGAGAUUCAGAGCAGCUUUGGAACUUCAGGGUAGGAAUACAGGCGAAUUGGCAUUCACUUCACAAUGUGGAAAGAUUGGUUCAUGGUUUGGUGUUAUUCUUAAUGUCCUUAUCUUGAUUGCUCAAUUUUAUGUCGCAUUGUUCCCUAUCGGUGCUGAACCAAGUGCCGACGCCUUCUUUGAAUCUUACUUGACGGUUCCAGUUUUGAUUGCUUUCAUUGUCUUCUACCUCUUCUGGAAGAAAGAUUUCUUGAUUUAUAUCAAGACGAAGGAUCUCGAUAUUGAUACAGGUAGAAGAGAGAUGGAUCUAGAUCGUGUCAAGCAGGAGGUUGCUGAAGAGAAGGCAUACAUCAAAAGCAAGCCUUUCUACUAUCGUCUGUACAAGUUCUGGUGUUGA